GGGUGUUUGAAGGGAAUCAUACAAAAUAAUUCUAUGGAUGUCCCUAAUUUGGAUAAAGAACCUGCCAGACUAGGUCCAUCUUGCUGUGCUUGCAUGUACGGCCUGUUUUCUAGCUAUAAACAGCCAGCAUUACCUGUUUCAAACAUCUGGAAUUACCUGCCUGCUUAGUCACCUUCCUUUUGGCUUCAGACAGUUGUCGUGCCCCACCUCCUCUCCACCUCCUAUGCCUCCAUAGUCCCUCCCUCCCUUUUCCCUCCUGGAAGGAUCUGGACUCACCAGAUCCACAGGUCCUGGUGUCUUUAAAAGGAUCAGUGUAGGGAAUAAGGCUCAUUUGAGAGCUGUGACAUUCAUCUUGACUCUAGCGAAAGUCCAACAGCAAGUUCCCUUUUGGCCACCAACUGGGCACCAUGAGGACCUGGGUCCCCCUGACAGUGUCCAUGCUCUGUGGCCUGGCCUGGGCUGGGAACCUGGAAUCGUGUGCAUCUCGCUGCAGUGAGCAGUUUGACCGGGACAGUGCCUGCCAGUGUGAUCACCGCUGUCCCGAGCAUGGGGACUGCUGUGACGACUACGAGCUCCUGUGUGCUGCUGAAGAGGACUCCACGGAGCCAGAGCCAUUCUCGGAAGUGGAGGAAGGGGCCCCGGACAACAGCUUGUACUCAGCGCCCAGCUCCUGCCAGGGCCGCUGCCGUGAAGCCUUUGACGGGCACCACGCCUGCCACUGUCACGACCGCUGUCAAGAGUCUGGGAACUGCUGCGAGGAUUUCGAGAGUCUGUGUGGCAACUACGGGGGCUUCUCCCACAGCAGUGACACCAUAACCGAAGAAGAGCUUCAGAGCGUCUCUGAGAAGAUCUACAGGGCGGACACCAACAAAGCCCAGAAGGAAGACAUCAUCCUCAACCGGCAAAACUGUAUCACUCCAUCAGAGACCGGGGACCAAGUGGACCACUGCCCAAAUCUGCUCUUCACCUAUGUCAAUGAGAAGCUGUUCUCCAAGCCCACUUAUGCGGCCUUCAUCAACCUGCUGAACAACUACCAGCGGGCCACGGGGCACAGGGAGCUCUUCAACGCCCAGCAGCUGGCUGAGCAGGACAUCUUCCUUCGAGAGAUCAUGAAGACGGCAGUCAUGAAGGAACUCUAUGGCUUCCUGCAUCACCAGAACCGAUACAGCUCUGAACAGGAGUUUGUUGAUGACUUGAAGAACAUGUGGUUUGGACUCUAUUCAAGAAGCAACGAAGAAGGAGACUCGAGUGGCUUUGAACAUGUCUUCUCAGGUGAAGUCAAAAAGGGCAAGGUCACUGGCUUCCAUAACUGGAUCCGCUUCUACCUGCAGGAGAAGGAGGGUCUGGUUGACUACUACAGUCACGUCUACGAUGGGCCUUGGGACUCCUACCCGGACGUGUUGGGGAUGCAGUUCAAUUGGGAUGGCUAUUAUAAGGAAGUGGGCUCGGCCUUCAUCGGCAGCAGCCCCGAGUUCGAGUUUGCACUCUACUCCCUGUGCUUCAUCGCCAGGCCAGGCAAAGCGUGCCAGUUAAGCCUGGGUGGCUAUCCCUUGUCCAUCCAGACCUACACCUGGGACAAGACUACCUAUGGAAAUGGCAAGAAGUACAUCGCCACGGCCUAUGUUUCGACUUCCACCCAAUAGAGCUUUGAGCCAGAGAGGGGCACAAGGGCAGUGAGGGCUCUUGCAGGACUGAGGUGCUCUGUGCUCUGGUCUUGAGAGGGAAGUGUGGAGACUGAGAGGGAAUCCCCAGUCCUAAAUUAAUGAAAGGGAUUCCCAAGGCCAAAAAACGGUCACACGAGAAAAAGAAAAGAUCAAAAUUAGGAAAAUGAAGAGAAACAGUCAAACUUUUGUCCUCUGGUAUUUUAGCAACAUAGACUGAGAAAUAGAGUCCAGACAGAGGUUGGGAGCCUUCAGUAGCUGUUGCACUCAUGUGUGGGGGGACCACAAGCAAGUCCUUUGACCUCACUGGGCCUUGUGCUUCCCUUUAGUGUAAAAGGAAGGGGUCUUCCCUCUUUCCUCUUUUUAAGAUUUAUAAGAUGGCAAAUCUGAUAUUCUUGCUGUGAAAGUGUUUCCAAUUGUUCUUAGGAAGAACGACUGAUACAGAUUCAAGAUUACUAUAAUGGCUGUUAUUGUACACAGCUCUGCAAACUGCAAUUCAGCCCUGUGUCAGGGGCCUCAAAGAAGUCAGACCACAGAAGCCAAGCAGUGGGCCUUUGGUCUUUUCUAGAGUUAGGUCCUCUCGGAAGAGAGUGGGAGGACUCCCACUGGGGAAACAGAGGAGGAAUGGUUGGGGCAGUGAGUGAGCUGGGGUAGGGUAGCCUCCUCUAGGCCCUGAGAAUUUUUGUGGCCAGUUUAGGAUCUGUGUCCAGAAGCUUCCAACUUGUAAUAUAGAUAAAGACUUGUGUUUUGAUCCCAAAUAAUUUGUGAAAGAAUUCCCCUCAUGGGAAGAAGGCUUAGCAUCAGAAGCAGAAAAUAACAUAUAGCUUGGUGUCAGUGAAAAGUGUAUUAAGGCUUAUCUGGCUGCCAUCAUCUGAUCACAUUAGGAUUCACUCUGGGGCUCCCUAUCCCAGCUUCAAUGAUGCAUUUUUCCUCUGAGCCCCACCGGACAGCAGAUGCUGCCCCACCAAGCCAGGCUUGCACCAUGGCUUAGAGGAGUCGGAUCUCCAAUUAAAGUCAUGUAAAA